AUGGUUCAUCGAAGUCUAAUCUCUCUCCCUACAGAAAUUAUAUUUCUUAUAAUUUUUUGUAUCGAUAAUUCUAAAGAUCUACGCUCUUUAUCCUCCACCAACCGUUUAUUCAGAACCUUAUCGGGUCCGCACACGGUUACUGCGCAUCUAUGGUUCGUGCGAAACAGCAAAAGUAUUCCACCAGAAGAACUUUUGAGAGUAGCAAAUGAAUGGCAUAUCCCUUUAGAAACCGAAUACGCAAAGCGACUUAUUGUCAUAAAUGCACCGCAGGAACCUCCAGGCUUGAUUGCAGAGCCACCAGGUCCCAAGAGGGCGCUUCGUCGAAAGGAGCGUGUACUGCACAUUGUCGAGAGGUUUGGCCUUUUUUUGCACAACAUGCUAGCCGUAAACUACUAUUACCCGCAUGAGUGGGACGCUCUUCAACGCGUGGCCGACGAAGUAGAACAGUACUUGGAGGAUCUCGGAUGGGUGCAAUUCUAUCGCGAUCAGAUGGACCACGGAAUUGAUUCAAUGAUGGUAUCUGCUGUUCAGGCCGAUCAAGAAUUCGAGGCUAGAGCGUUCGAAGAUUUUACCAAAAAAUUACGAACCGACAUUGCCGCAGCGUCCAACACCACCACCUCAAGUUCAUGCAAGAGUGCUAGCACAUCUAAUAGCAAUCAUAACACUGGUUCAAACAAGAACAAUAGGGGCAGUGAGUUGUUUGCUUCUCUCGCACCAGAACCUGUUUACCUUCGAUGGACCACUCUGAUUCAGGAUCAACUCAACUUCUUUCACCUACAACAAUACAUAAUGAAUAAAUUCAAACCUCCUUCAAGAUAUCAACUCGCGGAAUACCUAUCUGUGGUCAUAUCCGGAGACAUCAGUACCAAUUUUUACAGAGGUCGAUGA